AUGGCUCUUCUGCGCAACAAAUUGAUAAUGGAUGUCAAUCUGCUUUAUUCUCUCAUGAAUGUGAAUUUAGUAGAAAUAUGCUUGUGUAGGUUGUGUUGUGAGAUUAUAUAUAAAAUAAAGCUUCCUGGACCAGCAAUAUUGGGUGAGGGUAAGCCUGAAAAUCAGAAUCAUGCCAUAAUUUUCACACGUGGAGAGGGCUUGCAAACAAUAGAUAUGAACCAGGAUAACUACAUGGAAGAAGCCUUGAAAAUGAGAAAUUUGUUGCAAGAGUUUCUUAAAAAGCAUGAUGGUGUUCGGUUUCCUAGUAUCCUUGGACUUAGGGAGCAUAUAUUUACGGGAAGUGUUUCUUCCCUUGCUUGGUUCAUGUCAAAUCAGGAGACAAGUUUCGUGACAAUUGGUCAGAGAUUGUUGGCUAAUCCUUUGAAGGUUCGUUUCCAUUAUGGUCACCCUGAUGUCUUUGAUAGACUUUUUCACCUGACAAGAGGGGGUGUGAGUAAAGCCUCCAAGGUUAUCAAUCUAAGUGAAGAUAUUUUUGCUGGCUUCAACUCUACACUCCGGGAAGGAAAUGUUACUCACCAUGAGUACAUACAAGUAGGGAAGGGAAGAGAUGUGGGUCUCAAUCAGAUUUCUAUGUUUGAAGCAAAAAUAGCUAAUGGCAAUGGGGAGCAAACACUAAGUCGAGAUGUGUACCGACUUGGGCAUCGUUUCGACUUCUUCAGAAUGUUAUCUUGUUAUUUCACCACCGUUGGAUUUUAUUUCAGCACUCUUAUAACCGUUCUCACUGUAUAUGUAUUCCUCUAUGGUCGACUUUAUCUUGUUCUAAGUGGACUUGAAGAAGGUCUGAGCACUCAAAAAGCCAUUCGAGACAAUAAGCCUCUUCAAGUGGCUCUUGCUUCUCAGUCAUUUGUUCAGAUUGGGGUUUUGAUGGCCCUGCCCAUGUUGAUGGAAAUCGGUUUGGAGAGGGGCUUCCGAACUGCACUUAGUGAGUUCAUACUAAUGCAACUGCAGCUGGCCCCGGUAUUCUUUACAUUUUCACUUGGGACAAAAACUCAUUAUUUUGGAAGAACAUUGCUUCAUGGAGGUGCAAAAUAUAGACCCACUGGUCGAGGAUUUGUGGUUUUCCAUGCUAAAUUUGCUGACAACUAUAGACUUUACUCUCGCAGCCACUUUGUCAAGGGUAUUGAACUCAUGAUAUUGCUUGUUGUGUAUCAAAUUUUUGGUCAUACUUACAGAAGUGCUGUGGCAUAUAUCUUGAUUACCGCAUCAAUGUGGUUUAUGGUGGGUACCUGGCUGUUUGCUCCCUUCUUGUUCAAUCCUUCUGGUUUUGAAUGGCAAAAAAUUGUUGAUGAUUGGACUGAUUGGAAUAAAUGGAUUAGUAAUCGAGGGGGUAUUGGUGUUCCACCUGAAAAAAGUUGGGAAUCUUGGUGGGAAGAGGAGCAAGAGCAUCUCCAAUAUUCAGGAUUGCGAGGAAUUGUAGUGGAGAUACUGUUAUCAAUGCGAUUUUUUAUCUACCAGUACGGCUUGGUAUAUCACUUGAAUAUUACGAAGAAAGGCCAAAAGAGUUUUCUGGUAAUUCUUAUUCUACGUUCCCUUUUCCUGCAUUUUAUCUCGCUAAUAAUAAUUUGUAACAAGCUAUUAGAGUAUCUUACGGUAUCUGUUGGGAGGCGUAAAUUCAGUGCAAAUUUUCAACUUGUCUUCCGACUAAUCAAGGGAAUGAUAUUCCUCACUUUUGUCUCGAUUCUUGUCAUUUUGAUUGCCCUUCCGCAUAUGACAGUGCAGGACAUUGUUGUUUGCAUUCUUGCUUUCAUGCCAACUGGUUGGGGAAUGCUGCAGAUUGCUCAAGCAUUAAAACCUUUAGUUCGCCGGGCUGGGUUUUGGGGAUCCGUGAAAACUCUUGCUCGAGGUUAUGAGAUUGUGAUGGGUUUGCUUUUGUUCACUCCUGUUGCUUUUCUGGCUUGGUUUCCUUUUGUUUCAGAAUUUCAAACCCGUAUGCUGUUCAAUCAAGCAUUCAGCAGAGGUUUGCAAAUUUCUCGUAUUCUUGGUGGCCAAAGGAAGGAGCGUUCUUCUCGCAACAAGGAAUAG